AUGUUGCGUAACUUUUCUAGCGUCACUCGUGUUACUCCAGCCAGAUUUGCUCACACUGCAGCACUUUCCAAAGCAUCCAUUGUGGAUCUACCAAACAGAUGGGAAGCUAUGCCAGCUCCUGAACAACACGAAAUCGUUUCCAAAUUAACUGAACGUCAAAAGUUGUCGUGGGCCCAAUUGAGUGAAACUGAAAAGCAGGCCGCUUGGUACAUUUCCUACGGUGAAUGGGGACCAAGAAGACCUGUCCACGGUAAAGGUGAUGCCUCCUACAUCGCUAAAGGUGUUUUAGUCGGCAUGGUAGCUUCCGUCGGUCUAUUCGCCCUAUUGAGAAUGGGUGCUGGUGAUCCACCAAAGACAAUGAACAAAUCUUGGCAAAUUAAGUCUGAUGAAUACCUAAAAUCAAAGAAUGCAAACCCAUGGGGUGGUUACUCUCAAGUCCAGUCAAAAUAA